AUCCCGCUCCGAUCCUGGAUCUGCGCUGUGUCACAUGCCGAGACAGCGGACGGCGGCCGGGUGCUGACAGGUGGCCCCGCCCCUCCGUCUACUUUAGCCCUUCUCGUUUACUCUCCUGCUCCUGGAGCUCAGGACCCACAGUCACCUCCAAAUCGCCAUGAUCUGCGCCAGGGCGACCCUCGGGGGCGUGCGCCCCAUCCUCGGGCUCAGGCGCGUGCACACGGCGAGCUCGUUCCGCGCGCCCAUCAAGGCGGGGGAGCGGAUUCCGGCUGUCGAGGUGCAGGACGGCGAUCCGGGCAAGAAGGUGUCCAUGGACCAGCUCUUCAAGGGCAAGAGAGGCAUCCUGUUCGCUGUGCCCGGGGCCUUCACUCCCGGCUGCUCUAAGACGCACCUUCCCGGCUUUGUGCAGCAGGCGGCGCAGCUGAGGAGCAAGGGCGUGCAGGAGGUGGCGUGCGUCUCCGUCAACGACGCGUUCGUCAUGGCCGCCUGGGGCAAGCAGCAUGGCGCCGAGGGCAAGGUCCGAAUGCUGGCCGAUCCCACUGGAGCGUUCACGAAGGCGAUGGAUCUGCUUCUGGACAAUGACCAGAUCGUACAGGUGCUCGGCAACAAGAGGUCCAAGAGGUACGCGGCGCUGGUGGAGGACGGAGUCGUCAAGAAGAUCCACGUGGAGCCAGACGGAACCGGUCUCACGUGCAGCCUGGCCUCGAACAUCCUGUCCGAGCUGUCGUAAAGGAGCCCCCCCAACCCCCACCCCGCUCACAGCCUCACACACACACCCACCCGUUUGAGUUACAGCCUCUGCACUACUUCAGUACCUUUUCAUGUCCUUCCAAUUAAUUUGUGGCUAUAAUAUUUAUACCAAUAGAAAAAUUUGAAAAUAUUCAGCUUCGCAGUAAGCUCAGUCAAGUGUUUCAGGAUGCAAGAUUGUAAUAUAGUGCAAUACAACAAAGAUGUGCACAAUAAUGAAUUAUACUGUGCUCUGUACUAUACUCUGCUUUCUAAGGUUUUCCAUACAUACCUUCUAGCAAUGUCCUAAUAAAUUAAAUUU